AUGAGGAGCCAGAUGAGAGGCCCGGUGAAGGGCCAGGUGAGGCCAGAAGAAAGGUCCAGGUUCCUGUAUGGGAAGAACGUGGACGGCACCGCCUUCGUCAUCUUCGGGGUCCAGGAUGGCGACCAGAGGAUCUCACUGCCCCAGUCCCUCCAGCGCGUUGUGAUCGAGGACGGCACCGGGGAGGCCACCCUGAGCCGCCAGGUGCUGCUGGAUGGUGUGCAGCCCUCCCGCGCCGACGCCCUGGUGGGGAAGUCCUUGUACGUGUCUGUCACUGUCAUCCUGCACUCAGGCAGCGACAUGGUGGAGGCCGAGCACAGUGGGAUACAGAUCGUGACCUCCCCCUACCAGAUCCACUUCACCAAGACGCCCAAGUACUUCAAACCAGCCAUGCCCUUCGACCUCAUGGUGUACGUGACAAACCCUGAUGGCUCUCCAGCCCGCCGUGUGCCCGUGGUGGCCCAGGACAGUGAUGUGCAGUCUCUGACGCAAGACGAUGGCGUGGCCAAGCUGACCAUCAACACGCCCAACAACCGGCAGCCACUGACUAUCACAGUGCGCACCAGCAAGCAGGGCAUCCCCCAGGCGCGGCAGGCCGUCAAGACCAUGCAGGCCCAACCCUACAGCACGCUGUUCAACUCCAACAACUACCUGCACCUCUCUGUGUCUCGCAUGGAGCUCAAGCCAGGCGAGACCCUCAACGUCAACUUCCACCUGCGAGUGGACCCUGGCCAGGAUGCCAAGAUCCGCUACUACACCUACCUGAUCCUGAACAAGGGCAAGCUGUUGAAGGCAGGUCGCCAGGCCCGAGAGCCCGGCCAGGACCUGGUGGUGCUGCCCCUGACCAUCACUGCGGAUUUCAUCCCUUCCUUCCGCCUGGUGGCCUAUUACACGCUGAUGGGUGCCAGCGGCAAGAGGGAGGUGGUGGCGGACUCUGUGUGGGUGGACGUCAAGGACUCGUGCGUGGGCACGCUGGUGGUCAAAGGUGGUGGGAAGGACGACCGGCAUCCUUUACCUGGGCAGCAGAUGACCCUCAAGAUAGAGGGUGACCGUGGGGCCCGAGUGGGGCUGGUGGCUGUGGACAAGGGCGUGUUUGUGCUCAACAAGAAGAACAAGCUGACUCAGAGUAAGAUCUGGGACGUGGUGGAGAAGGCAGACAUUGGCUGCACCCCGGGCAGUGGGCAGGACUAUGCUAGAGUCUUCAUGGAUGCAGGGCUGGCCUUCAAGACCAACAAAGACCUGCAGACAGCCCAGAGGACAGAAUUGGAGUGCUCCAAACCUGCUGCCCGCCGGCGUCGCUCCGUGCAGCUCAUGGAAAAGAGGAUGGACAAAGCGGGUCAGUACAAGACCAAGGAGCUGCGCAGGUGCUGCGAGGACGGGAUGCGGGAGAACCCCAUGGGCUUCCCCUGCCAGCGCAGGGCCCGCUUCAUCUCCCUGGGCGCCUCCUGCGUGCAGGCCUUCCUGGACUGCUGCAGCUACAUCACCCAGCUGCGGCAGCAGCACCGCCGCCGCGAGGGCCUCCUGGGCCUGGCCAGGAGUGACAUGGAUGAGGACAUAAUUCCAGAAGAAGACAUCAUUUCCAGAAGCCAGUUUCCAGAGAGCUGGUUGUGGUCCAUAGAAGAGUUAAAAGAACCAGAGAAAAACGGAAUCUCCACGAAGGUCCUGAACAUCUUUCUGAAAGACACCAUCACCACUUGGGAGAUCCUGGCUGUGAGCCUGUCGGACAAGAAAGGGAUCUGCGUGGCAGACCCCUACGAGGUGACGGUGAUGCAAGACUUCUUUAUCGACCUGCGGUUGCCCUACUCUGUGGUGCGCAAUGAGCAGGUGGAGAUCCGAGCUGUCCUCUUCAACUACCGCGAGAAGGAGAGUCUCAAGGUGAGGGUGGAACUGAUCCACAACCCAGCGUUCUGCAGCCUGGCCACCGCCAAGAAGCGCUACUACCAGACUAUAAUGAUCCCGCCCAAGUCCUCGGUGCCAGUGCCCUAUGUCAUCGUGCCCUUGACCAUAGGGCUGCAGGAGGUGGAGGUCAAGGCUGCUGUGUACAACCACUUCAUCAGCGACGGUGUCAAGAAGACCCUGAAGGUCGUGCCCGAAGGAAUUAGAGUCAACAAAACCGUGGCCAUUCGCACACUGGACCCAGAACACCUUGGGCAAGCUGGCGUGCAGAGAGAGGAGGUGCCAGCCGCAGACCUCAGUGACCAAGUCCCAGACACUGAUUCGGAGACCAGGAUCCUCCUGCAAGGGACCCCAGUGGCCGAGAUGGCAGAGGACGCCGUGGACGCGGAGCGGCUGAAGCACCUCAUCGUGACCCCCUCUGGCUGCGGGGAACAGAACAUGAUCGGCAUGACGCCCACGGUCAUCGCCGUGCACUACCUGGACCAGACGGAACAGUGGGAGAAAUUCGGCCUAGAGAAGCGGCAGAAUGCCCUGGAGCUCAUUAAGAAGGGGUACACCCAGCAGUUGGCCUACAGACAGCCCAGCUCCGCCUAUGCCGCCUUCACAAACCGGGCGCCCAGCACCUGGCUGACAGCUUACGUGGUGAAGGUCUUCUCUCUGGCUGUCAACCUCAUUGCCAUCGACUCCCAGGUCCUCUGUGGAGCUGUUAAAUGGCUGAUCUUGGAGAAGCAGAAGCCGGAUGGACUCUUCCAGGAGGAUGGGCCCGUGAUAGCACAACAAAUGACAGGUGGCUACCAGAACAGCGUGGAAGGGGAUGUGGCCCUCACAGCCUUUGUUCUCAUCGCCCUGCAGGAGGCUAAGGACAUUUGCGAGGAGCAGGUCAAGCUCCUGGGAGACAGCAUCUCCAAGGCAGGAGACUUCCUGGAAUCCAGAUACCUGAACCUGCAGAGGCCCUACACCGUGGCCAUUGCUGGCUAUGCCCUGGCCCAGAUGGGCAGGCUGAAGGGCCCCCUCUUUGAAAAAUUCCUAAACACAUCCACAGAUAAGAACCGCUGGGAGGAGCCAGACAAGCAUCUCUACAACGUGGAGGCCACGUCCUAUGCCCUGUUGGCCCUGCUCCUGCUGAGGGACUUCGACAACGUGCCCCCCGUGGUGCGCUGGCUCAAUGAGCAGAGAUACUAUGGAGGCGGCUAUGGCUCCACCCAGGCCACCUUCAUGGUGUUCCAAGCCUUGGCGCAAUAUCAGACAGAUGUACCUGACCACAAGGACUUGAACAUGGAGGUGGCCCUCCACCUGCCCAGCCGCAGCUCCCAGAUCAAGCAUCGCCUCCUCUGGGAAUCCGGUAGCCUCCUGCGAUCAGAGGAGACCAAGCAAAACGAGGGUUUCAGUUUAACAGCUAAGGGCAAAGGCCAAGGCACACUGUCGGUGGUGACAGUGUACCAUGCCAAAGUCAAAGGCAAGGUCAAAUGCAAGAAUUUUGACCUCAGGGUCACCAUAAAGCCAGCCCCUGAAACAGCCAAAAAGCCCCAGGAUGCCAAGAGCAGCAUGGUCCUUGCCAUCUGUACCAGGUACCUGGGAAAAGAGGAUGCCACGAUGUCCAUCCUGGAUAUAGCCAUGAUGACGGGCUUCGGUCCUGACACAAAUGACCUCGAGCUGCUGAGCACCGGAGUGGACAGAUACAUCUCCAAGUACGAGCUGAGCAAAGCCUUCUCCAACAAGAACACCCUCCUCAUCUACCUGGACAAGAUCUCACACAGCGAGGAAGAAUGUCUGUCCUUCAAAAUUCACCAGUACUUCAAUGUGGGGCUCAUCCAGCCGGGCUCUGUCAAGGUCUACUCCUAUUACAACCUGGAGGAGACGUGCACCCAGUUCUACCACCCAGACAAGGAGGACGGAAUGCUGAGCAAGCUGUGCCACAAGGACCUGUGCCGCUGUGCUGAGGAGAACUGCUUCAUGCAGCAGGAGGAGGAGGUCACGCUGAAUGACCGGCUGGACAAGGCCUGUGAGCCUGGGGUGGACUAUGUGUACAAGACCCGGCUGGUCAGGUCGGAGCUGUCGGAGGACUUCGACGAGUACGUCAUGGUCGUGGAGCAGACCAUCAAGUCAGGCUCCGAUGAGGUGCAGGCUGGGCAGGAGCGCAGGUUCAUCAGCCAUGUCAAGUGCAGAGAGGCGCUGAAGCUGCAGGACGGCAAGCACUACCUCGUGUGGGGUCUCUCCUCUGACCUCUGGGGAGAAAAACCCAACAUCCGUUACAUCAUUGGCAAGGACACCUGGGUGGAGAUUUGGCCAGAGGCAGAAGAAUGCCAGGACGAGGAGAACCAGAAACAGUGCCAGGACCUGGGCGCCUUCGCCGAGAGCAUGGUGGUCUUUGGCUGCCCCAACUGACCACCCCGCAACCCUCCAAUAAAGCUUCGUUUGUACUCCA